AUGAAGAAAUGGGUUGGAACACACACAUGUGGUAGGGUAUUGAAUAAUAGUUAUGUCAAUUCCAAGUGGGUUGUUAAGACUGUGGCGGCUAGGAUGACAUCUUCUGAUGGUGUUAAGAUUCGUGAUAUUGUCUUUGAGAUUAGGAGUAACUUUUUUGUCGUAGCAUUUGAGGAAACUCAACUUCAACCAAAUCUUGCUGAAAUUAGACUUGUUACAUCUGCACAAAUUCCAGCAAGUACAUCAGUUCAUAGUGAACAUGUUACAUCAACUCAGAGUGCAUAUGUUACAUCUUCACAAGCUGACUCUGGUAUACCACUUUAUGUACCUGACUAUAUUUUGACUAAACCUGUUCCAACAUUUGAUGAUGUGCCUACUACACCAGUUUCUACUACUCCUAGAGUUCUUAAACCAGUUGAGUUUAUUAUACCAUUUGAUGUUGAUUUAGAAUUAUUCUGUUGA